CUGUGACAGUGAAAAUGGCGUUGUCCAGUCUUCUCCAUGUGACUCUUGGAGUUGUCAUCUUUGUUUCAUCUUUAAUACACUUUUCAUCAUGCACAGGACACAAAUUAAACGUUCCCAGGAUUAUGCUUCCGUACUACGCAGCAACACCGAUCAAUUUCACCCUCGAAGGCACCGAUGGUUGCUACACAUGGCGUUCCUUGAGAGCUGAUGUUGCUUCUGUUCAGCCUAUCGAUCAGGAUAGUGGUAGUGGAUGUUCUCAGAAAGCCCUUGUAACUGCAUUGUCCACUCAUCCAACACAGAGAACUAGUGUUGUGUUUGCAGAGGAAUUGGGAAGUGGACAAGUAAUCCGAUGUGAUGUAAUAGUCGAUCAAAUUGAACUGAUUGAUAUUAUCACUACUACAAGGAUCCUGUAUUUAGGCGACUCUCCAGAAGAGUUUGAAGUCAGAGCUCUUGAUGAUGAAGGCAAUACCUUUAGCAGCCUGGAAGGAUUAGAGUUUGAAUGGACUCUCCUAUCGGAUUAUGAAGCAGACAAUGCUGUAGAUGCUAAGAGCAUUCUAAGAAUUGUUCAGUUCAAAGACUUGCCAUAUGACCCACCUGCUCAUAUCACCACCAUGGAGGCUGGUGGCAAACAGGGAGAUAGAAUCCUCAUUGAGGGUCUGAGAGCUGGGUCAGCUAAGGUCGGAGUAAAGAUCAAAUCAGCUGGGUUCAAGGAUGUGAAGCAGAGUGUUGUACGCCUCAUCGUCAUUGACCAUCUUACAUUGAAUCCAUCUCAAGAUAUCUACAUCCUUGUUCAUGCCUACAUCUACUACAGUGUGGAGAAAAUCAGACAGGGAAAGACAACAAUUGUAACCAUGCCCUCUACCCAGUAUCGGCUUGCCCUUGGAAACGCAUCAGUGGCAUCACUUACUGAAAGCAAUUCAAUGGUGACAGGUCUGGUUUUAGGACACACUCAGAUCAUGCUUCAAGACAGGAAUUUUAAAGAUUUCAGGGGAUUCAAAGACAGUCUACCAUCAGCAAACAUCUAUGUUAUUGAACCAGCUUACUUGGGAUUUGUGAUAGUGCCUGGUGGAAAUUGGGUCUUGGAGACUGGCCAUUAUUAUGAAAUAACGAUCGAUGUCUAUGAUAGAGAGAGCAACAAGAUGUUCCCGUCAGACAUACCUAACAUCCGCAUCGAUACCAUAUUCCCGGAGGCGUACUUCCAAGUGAUUCGAUCCAGUGAGAACGGUUCAUACCAUUUCGUGAAGACCUUACAGAGUGGUAUCACAGAGAUUGAUGCUGCUCUUGUGGCAAUGAUUAAACCUGAUGGUGAGCGAGCAGAGUUUGAAGUACCCAUCAAAGAAUCACAGGAGGCUGAGAUCUUUGACCCUAUCUUAGUCAGACCAGAAUACAUUGCCUUUGCCUACCAACCUGGUCAACCAGGCUACCAAUACCCACUCAAGGCAACUGGUGGUACAGGGAGCUAUGUUUGGUCAUCAUCCAAGCGCAUUACAGGAACGGUGAACGUUCAUGGACUUGUGACAACAGGAGACACUCCAGGAAUGACCAAUGUCACGGCUGCAGAUAACAGGAAUCCAGCACAUUUCGGACUCAGUAGGGUUUAUUUGUUGCCACCUUCUAAGAUGAUCUUCCUUGAUUCCCGUGUUGAGGCUGAAGUAGGCUCAAUUCUUCAUCUGCCACUUGCUAUGGAGGCUUACUAUGAAGCCGGAAAAGAAAGAGUGAUGCUGACUCACUGCGGAUCUCUUCCUCUUGUCACUGAUGUUGCUGAUCAAAGCAUCUUCCAGAAAACUGAACCUGGUGAGAAGUUUGAUGUAGUUGCUGACUCCUGUACCACUCUUCACGUGAAGGCCAUGUCUGUAGGUCACACCCAAGUGAGUGUGACCCUUCAACAAGGAGGGGUGAAGCUGCAGGCAUCCGUCACCAUCGCCGCCUUUGCACCCCUGCAACCGCUGGAUCCAGAUAGCGUUGCCAUUGUUACCUUAGCUGCGUCUAAGACCCUGGUCUUGACAGGAGGACCACAGCCUUGGGUCCUGGACCCAUCACGUUACUACCAGAACCUUGAGGCAGAGGAACAGGACUGGGUCAAAUCUACCCAUGUCAGAGGGUAUGGUGCCACAAAGAACUAUCACAUUUUCCAAGUAUUGUGUCGUCACCUUGGAGAGCAGACGCUGACGGUCAAUGUGGGUAAUGAUCCCACUGCUCGUAAUAAGUUCCCUGCAAGAUCAACAGCUACAGUCAGAUAUUUAUGUUCCCAGCCUGUAAGUCUUCAGCUCAUACCAGUAGUACAGCAGCCAGAUCUAGAGGUACCCUGUCCUAUUGCUCUAGACUCAAACAACCAGAUUCCUGUCAUGAAUGGACAAGAUGUAGAGAUUCUGGUGAAUGCCGUUGACAGCCAUGGAAGGCUCUUUCAUAACUUUUCUUCAUUGGUUGUAUCAUGGACCAGCACGGAUCAUAACCUAGCGUCCUACUACAAACCACAGACAUCGUACAGCGAUGAGGAUGGGGCAUUCCCAGGAUCAAGGUCACUUAGAGCCUUUGAAGUUACAACAUUGAAGCAUCGUCAAGGAUCUGUAACAUUGACAGCAACCACCACUGCUUAUGAUAAUGUGCUGUUUAGAAGACAUGCUAUUGCAAUCCCGAGUCAAGUACCCAGUGUGAGUGCAUCGCUUGAGUUAGGUCUGGUAAUGGAAGCUACUAUUGAUCCAAACAGACUCUCUCUAUUCAAUCAUCCAUCAAAUAAAGCAUCGUUGAAUCUUCAAGGAGGUUCUGGUCACUUCUUAAUCCGUCCUAACAUCGCUGGUCUGGCAGAGAUGAGAUAUGAUGAGAAGAAAAAACAGAUUGAGGUUAUCCCCUUACGCGACGGGACUCUGGUCAUCACUGCCUACGAUCUUUGCAUUGCCACUAACCAACAUGCUACAGCACAGAUACACAUGGCUGGUGUACACACCAUUGACCUCAAGGUUGUUGACAAGGUCCAAGUUGAUCAUGAGAUCCGAGCGGCAGUCCAGGUCCUAGACUCCACAGACCAGCCUCUAUCUGUAUCCUACUUUCCUCUCAUGAGGCUUGAACCAGUGCCAGGUUCCAACAUCAUCACCCUUAGACCUGACAUGGACAGCUCUGGUAGAGACCAACACACGGCCUACUACACAGUAAAUGGAGCUAGUAUUGGUUUUACAACCCUUGCCUUCACCGCCAUGUCUAAGAGUGGCCAUACCGUUUCAAGUAAACUCAGGGAUAUACAGGUGUUUCCCCCUCUCAAGUUGACACCAAGGAACAUCACACUUAUUGUUACAUCAUUAUUCCAAGUGAGGAGUACUGGAGGACCCCAGCCCCAGAGCCAGAUUGAGUACGUAGUACAGAGCUCAAACAUUGCUAAGAUCAAUAGCAGUGGUAUCUUACAUGCUUUGAAUCUUGGUCAUACCAGGGUUACAGGCAGAGCUGUUGGUUACGACCAGGAGACGGGAUCAAAUGUGGUUUAUUCUGAGGAUACCAUCGAUGUGUACGUCAUAGAGCUGAAUGGAAUACGAAUCCACGCUCCUCUUCAUCGACUCGAGUCUGACACUGUCAUGCCCGUGUAUGCUAUGGGACUGGGUGAAUCGGAGACCCCGUUCACAUUUGGUGAUGCCAUCGAUGGCCUUCUGUUUGAAUGGAGUGUGAGCAAUGAUGAUGUUAUUGAAGUGGAGCCAGUGUUUGCUGAGGAUGGCAUAUACAGUGGAGCAGAGCACAACAUAGCCAUGCGAGUGAGAACAUUAAAUCCCGGUGAAGCCUCCCUAAGACUACAGGUAUCCCUGACUCAACCAGGACGUAGACAGAUCUACAGGGAUCAAACACUCAUGGAUGAAAUACAGAUCCAGGUAUUUGAGAGACUAGAAUUGAUGCAGCCUGACUGUCCAUGCCACAGCAGACUUCUGAUGACACCUAACACACAGGCACCAAUUAAAACUAACAGAGAUGGGUCAGCCAGGAUGUCUUAUCGUAUCUUGACCACCUCUUGGGAUGACUUCCUGACCGUUAACCAGAUGGGUGUGGUCAAAGCCGGGCCAAAGGGAGGUCAAGCAUCUGUAGAGGUCACCGCAUUUGAGAGCUUUGGAGUGAACCAGACAACAGUUGUUCAUGUCUCGAUCAAGCCUGUAUCAUACAUCGCUGUGCAUUCUACCACCGGUCUAACAACAUAUGACAAGAGUCUUCAAGUGUUUCCCAUCGGUGUAUCACCCUCCUUUGUUGUUCGUUUCUAUGACAACAUCGGUGAGAGAUUCGACGCCACCCAUGUUAAACUGGACUACAGACUCCAUAGAUUUGACCGUCUUCAGUUGCAGUCUGGAUCAGAUAAUAGUACAUUUAUUGGUCGAUCAGCACACAUGGGAACCACUAUGCUUAAGGUAUGGGACAGUGAGAGUCCAUGGAUUGAUGAUUAUGUUGGUAUCCCGGUUGGCAGUGUGGUCCAGCCUGAUCAAGGUUUGGUUGUAGGUGACAUUGUUUGUUUGAGAUCACCUCUGCUCUCGUCAGAAGGUCAAAGUGGGUCGUGGAGCUCAUCUGAAAACAGCAUUCUUAAAGUUCAUAGGUCAAGUGGUGUUGCCAUGGCUCUGACCCCUGGUACUGUAACCUUAACUCAGCAGCUGACUCCUAAUCUUGCAACAACAGCUCAGGUUUCGGUUGGUACUAUUCUGAGAAUCACGCUAGAUGGUAAUGAUGUUUCUACUCUCUCAACGGUACCCAAAGAAGGCAGCAUUCGUGUUCCUGUCAAGCUGAAUGGUGUUUCUAGUAUCCAAGGUGAGAACUGUUCAUUUGAGAAGCAUGCUUGGAUCUUUGAAUCAGUGACUCCACCCUUCCAAUGCACCCUCCAGUUUGCCGAUAAGAACUCGCCUGUAACCCCCUCCGAGCUCUUCCAAGUCUCUGCAGGAUUCGAUGCAAGCCAAGGUCAAUAUUACUGCUCCAUCAGCCAGCUGAAGACGAGACACACCCCAACCUUCCUAAGCACCAUGGAUACGACCCUUACUCUGACUGCUCGUCUUCUCAGCAUCCCAGGUCAACGUCAGGUAAUCUCCGAGCAGCAUUCGUUCAAGUUCCUUCCAGCGUACUCUAUCCAACAGUCUGGGCUCACUCUAACCCUUGCUUCCCGUAGAGAGGAUAUCACGGUAGAGGGAAUACCAGCCGUCAUGGACCACUUACAGGCCUCUACCAAUGACACUGACAUCAUUGCCCUAGGCAAGCCAGGCUAUGCAGGUAGAACACUCAAGAAGUUCCCUGUAGCCCUUGUGGACUCCUCACUCACACAGUAUGGACCGGCUAUCCUUCACACGACUGUAGAGCUGUCCAACACGGUAACAGGACAGCGUACUGUGGUUCCUAUUAAGAUCAAUCUUGUUCCUGUAAAAUCUGUGACUGCUACAGCAGAAGAAGCCACAGUAACAGGUUGGUCUACUGUACUUCAUCUGUUCCUUCAGCAUUAUCAAACAUGGCUCUUUUUUCUAAUCUUCAUACUGGCUGUAGCAGGAAUGGUACUUAUAUGCUACCAUGUCUUCCUGGCUCCUCGAUACUACGUAGCAAGUUCUGGAUCAGGAGCUUUCCUCCACAGUCCAUUACAUCGCUCACCGGCACCACCACCAUACUUUGAACAAUCACCAGAGUUUACUAAUCCAUAUUUGCCUCGUAAAACCCAGGGGACUUACCCAGCAGAUAGAUCUAAGUCUUCACCAACACAAUGGGGGUCUUCACAGAAUAAUUCCCAUGAAGGUUUUACAGAGUACCAGCAGAGUCCAUACAGAUCUGAUUCAAUACGACAAAGAAGGGCAGGGAAAUCCCCUAAUAGACUUUGGAGUACAGCUUAUAGUCCACAAGAAGGAGCUUCCGGUAGUCCUGAAUACUAGUGUAUCCCCCCAACCCCCUGUUUAUGAGUUUCUAAAUCAUGUCAUUUUAAUUUGAUAUCCAGGUCUUUCCAUUUGUGCUACAAUUGAUCCAAUCAAUCGUAACUCUUUGUAAGAUGUCAUAAUUUUUUCUACAAAAAAUUUGCAGAAUGUCCAUUGUAAGCAAAGAGAAGCAUAGUGAAUUUUCAAGAAAACAAUGAACGCAUGAAUAUACAUCAUAGUAUUUUGAACAAACAUGCAUAGUAGAUGUUGACGUUGCUGGCUGUCCAUAGUUGUGAUUGAUCGGACCAAUCGCAACUCUUUUUUUUAUGCAGAAUAUGAUAGUGUAUUUGUGUUUUUGUCUUGAGGCUUUCCAUAUUGUGUGUACCAGGUAUAGAGAUUGUAUGCCACUCUAAUGUAAUAUUUUGAUGAAGGCCCCAUGACACAAAGUGUAAUGAUGGAUUGUACAGUUAAUAAGAACAUUAAUGAUCAUUGCAGUCAAUCAUACAAACAAUCUUGCGAUUAAUUGAAUAGUUUAGUGUUGCAUCGCCCAGAAGAGCGUUUCAUGAAACACUCCCCAGGUCAUCAGAAAUUGUCAUUUCUAUGUAAUAGAAAUUGCCUUGAUGUAUCAAAAGAUAAUUUUGAAAGCCCAUGCAGAUAUUUCACCUGUUUUGUCGUGGGGGAAAGGAAUGCAUUUUUCACCUGUAAAUGUAUGUGUCCCAUUCUUUUCUGUUUCCAUUUGCAUGUGAUUCGUAUAUAUAUUUUUGAAAUUUUCAGUUCGUAAACUACCUUGAAUGAAAUUUGUGUGUUCGUUUUUCUAUGAUUUCAUUGAAUAAGAUGAAUUUGGGAAAGAUCAUAAAGACUACAGAGUCAAGCAUUUUGUUGCCUUUAAAAAUGAGGUUCAUGAUUUGUUUUGAGAAUACCUUGAAAUGAGAUUCUAUGCAGUAUUGCCAUUACUUUAAGAUGGUACUAGAUGUAUUAGCUCCAUAAUUGGUAUUGGACAAUAUUUGAGUUUAUUUUUUUACUACUUGCCACCUUCUUUUGAGUAAAAUCCAAGUGAAAUUGAACUCCCACCUCCACAAUAUUCUCUUUGCUUUUUUUGCAGAAAUUUCACUCUGGGAUUUGAAUUAAUGGUGCAUCAUUUUUUAAGUUCUAAAAUUUUUUGAACAAUAAUAGGUGGAUAACUAUUUGUGAUUAUGAUGAUGUCAUUAUAUAAAACUCGCUAUGCAUAAUGAUAUACUAAACCUAAUCAAUUUAAAGUUUCCUAACGAUGAGGAUUGCUUGACAAAGUUUCUUCCAAUAGGCUUCACAAAGAAUUGGUGGAUUCACAAUACGGUGAGCCACCCAUUGGUUGCAGUGGAAAUGCCAAAAUUUGCAAUGCCUCAUGGGAAAAGGUCGACAUCUGUUGUGCCCACGAGUACAGUGUAUGCAUGUGAAUAUGCUGCGCUGGCUGGUGCGGCUCGGCUGGAUUGCAUAAAAUCAUGCUGUUUACCAGGUGAAAGAGAAAUUUGCCACAUUUCUUUUCAAAAUUUAGAUUGUUUUCUGUGGAUUCUUCCUCCGCUUUUGCCAUAUGGUUUUCAUUUUUUACGCUCACAGUACAGUACACUAGCACUGUGCGAUGCCUGCGCGCAAUGUUAACCCUGAAAUGAAAAAUUGGCCUGUCCGCUGCAACUGAUAGACGGUGCACCGUAUUGUGAAUCCACCAAAUUUAAAAGAGAUACGAUCAAUCACUAACCUCUUGUUACGGAGCCCUGAUAAGAUGUAAAGUCAUCUCGUUGCUUACAAAUGAUCAUUUCUUAGUAGUCCGGUAAACCCAACUCGAAAGGUUGACUGGAUAAACUUCUCAUAAAAAGGGAGGAUUUCAUUUUCUUAAAAGUACUGAACUAAGAUGAUGGUUAAUGAUUUAGUUGUUGGAAGUAUCUCUUUAUGAGCAUUGUUGUAUAGUUUUGAAAUAAAGUUAUUGCAGUAUUGUAUGUUUUAAAAACAUUCCAUAAUUGCUUUUAUGUUGAUGGGCCCUCAAAUUCACAGUUUGUCUAAUUAGUACUCAGUGAAUAUCAUUUGUAAAUGAAUGUGUGUCAUACUAUGAUUUUCUUAUUUAAUGAUACCUAAUUAUGGUGUAUUCUAAAUACAUUUACUGUAAUUGCGAAAGCGUGCUCCAGCUCACCCAAUAUUGAUUGUUAAACAGGAUGUAAUGGGUGAUUAUUUUAUGAUGCCCUUCAUUUUGUAUCAUUUCUGGAGUGUUGCAAGAUACUUGCAAUUGAUUGCAAGUCAAUUUCAGGUCCCCAAAUCAAUUAAAUAUUAUACAAAUAAUGAAUUUUAAUGAGUGCAAUGGACAGAAUACUUCACGAGGUGAGAGAUGAAAUGAUCCAUUCAACGAAGCAUAGCCGAGUUGAAUGGAUCAUUCAUUUCAUCUUUCACCGAAUGAGGUAUUCUGUCCAUUGCACAAAUGGAAAUAACAUUCAUUAUUUGGUUUAUAUGACACCUAGCAAUUGAUUCUUUUUCAUUUGAAAUUUUGAUGCUCAUUUGCUCAUGCAGUGUGAGGAGCUUGGUCUGUUGAUUAUCGCGUACAUACAACAUGCAUGCUGCAAACACAAGUGGUGCCUGCAUUCUCGGUGCACGCGUGCAAUGGACAAAUCGUAUGGAUCCAAAAUUGCAUGAUGAAUGGAUCUAAAAUUGCAUGGUUGACGACGUCGUAAAAUGGGCUGAAUGAUUGAUAUCAACCAACCAAUCAAAUGACAAGGAUCUAUCUGGGUGUCAUAUAACUUGCAAUUGAUUGCUGGUCUGCUUCAUGUACUCACAAGUAUAUAUUGAUUUACUGUAGUUGACAUUGAUCUAUCACUUAAAAAUUUGCAACUGUAAUGUGCAAUCGAUUGCAAAUAUUUCUUGCACACACCCUUUAUAUACGGGGUUUGCCUGUGAAACUUUUUUUGUUGAAUUAUGUACUUGUAUAUUUGCAUGGUGGUCUGUUAUUAAGUUCCAUAUCUUUCUUGUAAAUAAAUGAGUUUGUACAUAUAUUUUUGAUGGGUGUACUAUCAGGAAUGAAGAUGCAAUAAAACAAGGCCUUAUUUUGAUAGAGCACAGCUAA